UAGAUUUAUAAGGAAUUGAAGAAAUACUGAAUAGGGUGAAUUCGCCUCGAUUUAAUUAAAAGGCCGUUGAACCCCGUCAGAACCACCCCCGUCAAAUACAGACAUGCACACACACAUCCAUACAUUGUAAGUAUACGCAACCUCUGCCCAAACAGAUUCCACCCUCUUCAUGGCUCACGGGGGUUGGUAAGUCACCCGGGUAUAGUUAUGCAGGGGUUGCGAGAACGGUGGCGCUGUAAGGGGGGGUUCGUAGCAGCAGGAAUCUCCCUGGACUUGCGCUUACGUGUCCUGCCCGACGAAAACUACUCGCGAGUUUCAGUACGUUUUUUUAUCUCAUGAUAACCACAUCAUCGUUCACUCAAAAAAUUAUAUAAAAUGAAGAAUGAACAUUUUAGCAGGUACAAACAAAUUCUUGAAAUGAGUUCUAAAAAUGUUAAACAACAAAAAGAUCCUUAACCCAAUUAACUUAAAAUGGAAGAAAACGAAACAACACUCCCUUUACAAAAUGGAUGUGAUGACCAAUGGAUUUGGAACCGUUGGGAACGAAGUCCGGAUGUAAAAUUUUUUGGUCGAACUUAUCGCACGGCUCAUUUCCACAUAAAUUGGAGCGCAGGAACAGCAGGAGUACGCGGCACAAGAAUAUUAAACAACGGUAGAUAUUUUUGGGAAUUAAGAAUAACUCAAAGAAUUUUCGGUACAAGCAUGAUGUUCGGAAUUGGAACGAAAAAAUCAAAACUCCACGCGAAUUCUUUUACGAACCUUUUCGGACAAGACGAUCAAAGUUGGGCUUUAUCGCACAAAGGACUCCUUUGGCAUUCAGGAAAAACUUAUUCUUAUACAAAACCGUUUCAAGAAAAUCAAUCAACGCGGAUCGGAAUUUUAUUUGAUGGCAUCGCGGGUACUUUAACUUAUUAUAAAGACGGUGAGUGUCUCGGCGUUGCUUUUAGCGGAUUAAAUGAAAUUAAAGAACCUUUAUAUCCGGUUAUUUGUUCGUCGGCGGCAAGAACCGCCAUGACUUUGUCAUCAAUGAAACGAGAAUUCGUAAACUUGCAGGAUCGUUGUAGGGCGGUUAUUGUUAAAAAAUUACGAUGUAGAAGCUCUAUUGAUAAACUUAUGGUUCCGGCGGGUGUUAAAUGUUAUUUGGCGGAGGCUAUUGUGGAUGAGAUUCAACCGUUUAAACCUAUGUACAGAAAUAUUUGUAAUAGUAUUGGAUCACUUUAACACGUUCGCUAUCACUAUGCAAAGGAGUAACUCUCACAGACCAAUGAUAUAUUUUUGAAUAAUAUUACACAAAAUUAAUUCUAUUAUGAGAUUUUUUUUUGCUAUGGCUCAUAUGUGGGAUAUAGGUCUAUUUCAAAAUACAUAAAAUAAAGUUAUACAUUAUGAUACGCAGAAAAAUAUUUUAUGCAGGAUGUCAAUGGAUUAUUUUUUUUAUUUGUACACUAGUCAUAAAUAUACCAUAUUCUCUUCUCUAAGAUGCAAAGAACACAACACUGGUAAUACUCAAACUUGCUAGAAAAGAAUGAAAAUUGAGUGGUUAGGCUCCAGGCUUCUACAAUAAAUCAGGAAUUGCAUUGUUGUGACUUUAUAACGAAAUGAGAAAUUACAUGGGGUAUAUUUGAGAUAUAAAAAAUAGUCUGGAAUCACACUAAAUAUAUUACAGGUUCUAGACUUUGUGAAUUACACUGUCAAGAUUGCAGAUUAAACAAAAAAUUAUAGAAUUACACUGGUGGGACUACAGACACCAAGGAAAAGUGUGGAAUUAUAAGGAGCAAUCUUCACGGUGGAAAAAUCUAUGGCCAAACUCCAGAUUUGAAGGAAAAUGUCUGGAAUCACAUAACCCACUCUUUAAGUUGCAAGAAAAAUUUGCAAAAAAUUGCAUUGCAUCACUUUCAAAUACAAGUAGAGGUCUUGAAUCAGAUUACAUAGGUUACAUAUUUUUUGUUUCUACUUUUUGUUGAUUUGCUAUUAGUGCAGUAAUAAUUUCAUUUCUAAAUAGUAGGUAGGGUGUGUUUUGCCAUGGAUGAUUUUAUUUCUAAACAUAAUAUUUCAAAAUUUAUCAGUUAUUAAUCAAAUCUCUUGAUUUAACUCGAUUCUGCAAUGUUUUGAUUGACAAAAUUUGCAAAAUACUUCAUUUUGUGGGGAACCUUUUUAUCAUUAGAGGCCACUUUUCAAUUAGCCAGUAAUAAUGGAAGCCGGAUAAGUUGAUACAUCUAUAAAUGUGA